AUGGAACAUACAUUUUUACUUGGAAUAUUUGUCACAAUUAUUGGUUUAGUAUUUCUUGGAACAAUUAUACUUAAUCUUCUAGCAAUUGUUUAUAUUUUAUCAACACAAGAUAAAACAACCAUUGCUAUGCUAGUUGUUAAUUUAGCUAUAGCUGAUAUUAUUCAUGCGAUGGGUAUUAUUUUUUUCAGUAGUAAUUUAUUUACACGUAGUUGGAUAUUCGGUGAAUUUGGAUGUAAAUUUAGUUUAGCUAUUGAUGUACUUUGUACGGUGGUCAUUGUUUAUACAGUUGCAGCUUUAAGUAUCGAACGUUAUAUUGAUGCACGUUCAAUUUUACCAGCAAAAUUUCGUACAUUAAUUACAUUUGGAUUAUUAGUUCUUAUAUGGACACUUGGUCUUUUAUUACCAUAUCCAUUUAUUUUUUAUACUUAUCUUGCUGAAAGUACAAAUACUAUUAAUAUUAAUAAUAAAAAUUCAACAAUAACAACAACAAUAUAUUCAUGUCAAUCAUAUUUAACAGAAAAUGAAUUACUUGUUCAUGAAAUAAUUCUCUAUGUUACUGCUUUUAUAAUACCAUAUUCAAUAAUUGUUUUAUUUUCAUUAAAAUUACUUAAAUUUUUACGUGUUUGGGUAAAACGUAAAGAAAAAUUAACAAAUGCAAGUAUAACAAGAAGACGAACUCGUGGUGUUAAACUUGUAUUAUGUAUUGUUUUAUCAUUUCUUAUAUGUUUUACACCAUUUUGGAUAUUUAAAUUUUAUACACGUUUUAUUGUUGAUGAAAAUGUACGACGACCAUUAUUACAACGUAUUUUAUCUUAUGUACAUUUACUUGUUGUUUUAAUAAAUCAUUUUGAAGGCAUACUUAAUCCAUUAUUUUUUAUUGUAUUAACUGAACGUUUUUGUUUAACAUUUUCAAAACAUCGACAACGACAUACAAGAUUAUUAGGUACAAGAUCAUCUGUUAUUUUAUUGAAUGGAGGUAAAAAAUCAGCAAAAUUCUCAUUAACAUCAACAACACCAGUAAGAAAUACAGAAAUUAAUGGUAUUUUACUGUUAAAUAAUGAUCAAUUACAAAAUAAUAAACAAAUAUCACCAGUUAUUCCAUGA